UCUCUCCUUCCUCUCUGUUUCUUUGUGUGUGUGGCCAUUAACUCUCUCUCCUUCUCUCUUUCUCUCACUCUUUCUCUCUCUUUCUUUAUCUCUCUCUCCCCGUCUGUCUGUGUGUCCGUGUGUUAUCAAACACCAUAACAGAGCUGAAUAAUCACCAAACAGACCAGCUUCGAAUAAAGACUUGUUGGAGAUAUUAUGGAAAACAAAUUUGCAUGCGGUAUCUCACAGUUUCGGAGGUAUCUCACAUGGAAAAGAUAUCUAAUACUUUAAUUUAAAAAUACGAAAAUUAAAAAUAUAAUAAAAACAAUUUGUUGCUUUAUAGGUGGCGCAAUGCCCAUAGUUGCGCCAGUUUCACAACAGCUUGGUGAUGUGGAUAUUUCAGAGAACAAGUACUCUGGUGUCAAUACCGAUAACCAUUAUAAGGACCUGAGAAAACCCCGCCGUGUGAAGUUCUUUGUGAACGGGGACCGUUUUUCCAAAGGGAAAAAAAUUUUCAUUACACCGAAUCGCUAUUUCAAUUUCCACGACCUUCUUAACGAUUUAACUAAUAAGUUACCGAAAAACAACGUCCACCUGCCUUAUGGUGUCCGCCAGAUCUUCACAGCCGGACUUGGAGAACUUAUUAAAGACAUAGAACAAUUGCAAGAUGGUAAAUCUUACGUUUGUGCUGGAUUCGAAGGUUACAAGACCAUUAAAUAUGGAAAUUACGAAAUGGAACCUUGGUCGUUCGGACGACCUCAUGAGUCACUCAACUUGGAACUCAACAGAAACAAUGGAGCUAUUUCACAAACUGUUAACUCUUACAAUGCAUUUCAUCCAGGACGUUAUUUCCAUGCAAAUAAUCAUUAUCACCAUCAUCAGCAACAGCAGCAACAACACCAACACCAACAGCCACAACAUCAACAACAACAACAACAGCUGCACCAACAAGUCCGUAAACCUUUGGUGGGUCUUGGUGCUUCCUAUAAUCGUGGUAAUCAGGUGCCCGUGACAGAGAACAACUGCAACCAGCGUAGACCCAAAGUAAUUACUGUGGUUCGUUAUGGAUCUUACCCAAGGAACACCAUUAAAAUGUUCCUUAAUCGUCAAACGAUUCAGUCUUUUGAACAAAUUAUGGGAGACAUAUCAGAAUCUUUUGGUGCCAAAUGGCAAAACAAAAGAUUCCACAGAUUGCUUUCUUUACGUGGUAAACAAGUCCAUGGCAUCAAUGAUUUUUUUCGUGAAGACGAUGUGUUCUUAGCGGUUGGUAAUGAGCAGAUAUGCGAUGGCGAUAUACAAGACAUUAUACAAGAACUCUACCCUAAUAGUCCGUAUGCUAAAAGUCUUUUGAAACAAUGGCAGAAGACGAAGAGGCGCCAUUUAGUUCAUGACGUUAAAUACAAGUCGGAAAAACUCGAUAGUGGUUUCGGUAGCAGCGAAAGCAGCAAGAAGGUUAUCAUGAAUGAUUACAUAUCUUCCAGUGAUGCCAGAACCCCUGCAUAUUCUACAGAAUUGGCCAGCAGCAGAUUGAAUCCAGGAAAGAAUUUCCGGAUGAUGCUGAAAGCUGAUAGAUUUAAAGAUCGAGUGUUAUACGAAGAGGAUGUUGAAGUGAGGAAGCGCCAGAAGAAAAUGGUUGAGGGCAAUAAGGGUUUUUCGGUCAGAAACAACAAGAACAACAAGAAUAAUGAUAACAGCAGUGACAACAACAACAACAUCAGUGGUGUAGGUGGUGGUGGUGGUGGUGGUGGUGGUGAUGAUGGCAAAGGGAGCAGAGGAGGAAGAAAAAUCAGAUGUGAUGGAGACAAGGAUGCUGACAAUAAUAACAAAAACAAGACAAUGAGGGUCAAGAAGGGCUGCCAGGAUAAAUCGGUGAACAUUGCGAACGAAGACAAAGAAAAUUUGGUCAAGCCAUUGGUCAACAACGAUGUGUUAAUUGAGACAAUGUCGAAGCUAAUGGCAAAAAUUUCGUCUACAGAUCUCACCAGCCUCUCCAUCACUGACCUUGCAUCUGAUGACAACCUCCCCCCUUAUGUCAUUCACAACUACAACAACAACACAGCCAAUACCAACACUAAAGCCAGAAUGUCUCCUCCUACCACUAUUUCUUUCACAGCUUUGACUACUACUGUUACUACUACUGCUGUGGCUGAUAUUACUACUACUACUACUACGACUACUACUACUACCAAGACCCCUGCAGCAGUUACUGCUACUAUCUCCGUUUCAAACACAACCCCCAACAUGUUGUCAUCGUCCAAUGAAAUGAAGACCGAUCAGCUGUCUGAGCUUGAACCCUUUCCAGCCAGGAAAUCGAAACUGGGGUACCAAGUAUUGAACAACGACAUCCUGGAUAGGUACUACCUUGGCAGGACAUUGGGUUAUGGUAACUUUGCUGAGGUGCGAGAAGCCAAGCGAAAGCAGGGUCUGCCCUGCGAAGUAGCCAUGAAGAUCAUCGACAAGAACAAAAUAAUCGGUAAAGAACGAAUGGUAGAGAAUGAGAUUUGUAUUCUGACCGUCUGUAGACAUAGCAACAUCGUCAAACUGUAUGAAGAGUUUGAAACUCCAGAUAGGAUUUACUUAGCUAUGGAAUUAGUAAAGGGAGGCGAUCUAUUCGAUGCCAUCACGCAGAGUGUGAAAUUUGAAGAACCACAGUCAGCGGUAAUGGUUCAAGACUUGGGCAGUGCUCUCUUUUAUUUACACUCCAUGGGGAUUGUACACAGGGACCUGAAGCCUGAGAAUCUAUUGGUUUAUUGGAACAAAGAUGGUUUCUUGAAGCUGAAGUUGGCAGACUUUGGUUUGGCUAUGGAAAUAACAGAAGACAUUUAUACGGUGUGUGGCACACCGACAUAUGUGGCACCAGAGAUCCUAACACAAGAAGGCUAUGGGCUUGAAGUGGACAUGUGGGCAACCGGUGUGAUUUGUUUUAUACUCCUGUGUGGCUUCCCACCAUUUCAUAGCCAUGACAGACGACAGUCGGAUCUUUUCGAGAAAAUCAAGUCAGGAGAAUACGAAUUCCUAACCCCGUAUUGGGAUCAAAUUUCGAAAUAUGCUAAAGGUCUCAUUCGACAUCUUCUAGUGGUCGACCGAAGACGGCGUUACACAGCUGUUGACGUACUCUGCCAUCCGUGGAUCCUUUGUGGUGGCAACAUUACAUGGAUUCUCCAUGGUCAGGAGUUGGCCAACAACCAGAAAAGACUCCGUGAAAAGUUGAGCAGUGAUGGAAGAAAAUAUUUGAAUAAUUUCAAAAAACAAAAAAUAUGAAAAACAAAAUAACCAAAAUAACAAAAA